UAAAGACUGUUGUUUUCCUGACUAUAGCUGCACCUAGUGGGGCAUAUUGUACGUCUCAUUCAUAGAGCCAAAGGGUACUGUGAAGACUUGUUUAUACAAGGCUUAUGAUGGAGGGAAAACGUACUGAAGCAUUCCAGUUGUCCGGAGUAGUAGCUAAGAUCAUCACUGAAAGUAAAAUGAGGAGGCAGAGGACAUGUUUGCUAGACUCGCAAUGGAGAACGCGGUUGGAGUUCACUAUUCUGGUGGUGGUGAUUAUGAUUGUGUGGGGCCUCUCUUCACUACCAAUUGUGUUUUACUAUGACUCUUCUUCAGAGGAACAAAAUCAGAAAGAAAAUUUUACAAACUUUCUCAAUAACACUGAUCGUGAUUUUGGAAACAUGAGUGGUGAAUGCUAUUACAAGUAUACUGGAAGUCAUUGUAUGGCUGUACUGAAAUCAUAUGCUGAUUGUGAGUCCCCUGGACGUAUUACAACCGAUGUGCAUGUCAGCAAUUCUGUCAUGGAUCAAAAGGCUGUUGAAGACAUAGUCGACAGUAUAAUGUUUGCACUUGACUUAUACAUAAAUCCAAGUGAUGAGUGUAGGGAGUCACUUGUCCCACUCUUGUGUCUGUACUACUUUGGCCUUUGUGGCACAUACAAUACUGACUAUCGACCGACAGCAGCAGAGUGUAGGGUGGUUAGAGAUGCCACCUGCCAAUCGGAGUGGAAAACAGCAGAAAAGUUGUUGGAAUUGUCAUCUCAGCAAUUUAUGCUACCUGAUUGCUCGGGUCUCAAUGACGAAGGACUUGAAUGCAGUGAAGUAUUCAGCAUCAUUGGGACAAACUGCACAAUUGUGUGUCACGAGCAUUUCUACUGUGACAACAACUUCUGCAAGCCACGAUGUGACAAGUUCACAAUCUUCUCUGAUGAAUAUGUAAAGCUCUCUGAUGGACUCGCAAUCACAUCUGGAUGUGUUGGACUCCUGUGUGGAAUUGCAGUGGUUUGUUUGUAUUUUGCAUCCGACGCAAGAAAACUGUAA